AUAUCAUAGGUCUGGGGUGGGGCAGGGAAUUCGCAUUUCUAACAAGUUUCAAAGUGAUGCUGAUCCUUCUGGCCUAGAGACCACACUUUGAGAACCACUUCUACAUGAAAACCAGGGGAAGGAGACCCUCCCUCCCAGAGGAAGCCCUCAGCUGUGUCCCAUCCUUGUUUGGCACAGCUGAGGAGGCCUGUGGUCUGUGACCCUAGCAGGGCAGUGACGGUACCUGCACGGGCCUGAGGGGCAGUGAGCAGGCACUGGGCGAAGGAGCUGCUAGAACAAUGCUGAGGCGGGCGAGGUGAGGAGCUGCCCGGCGAGGCAGCCCCGACGGAGUGUCUCGAACAGGUGAUCGGAGGAGCUGGAAACCGAGGCCACCUGGGCGUCCCUCCCCUCGCCUCGGUGGAGCCCAGGAGCCCCAGAGACAGUGGGGAAACCAUGGCGACCAAUUUCAACGACAUCGUCAAGCAAGGCUACGUGAAGAUGAAGAGCAGGAAGCUCGGGAUCUACCGGCGGUGCUGGCUGGUGUUCCGGAAAUCCUCCAGUAAGGGGCCCCAGCGGCUGGAGAAGUAUCCGGAUGAGAAGUCAGUGUGCCUCCGAGGCUGCCCCAAGGUGACUGAGAUCAGCAAUGUCAAGUGUGUCACGCGGCUCCCCAAGGAGACCAAGAGGCAGGCAGUGGCCAUCAUAUUCACUGACGACUCGGCACGUACCUUCACCUGCGACUCAGAGCUGGAGGCGGAGGAGUGGUACAAGACACUGUCUGUGGAGUGUCUGGGGUCGCGGCUCAACGAUAUCAGUCUGGGAGAGCCAGACCUCCUGGCCCCAGGGGUGCAGUGUGAGCAGACAGAUCGCUUCAACGUCUUCCUGUUGCCCUGCCCCAACCUGGAUGUGUACGGCGAGUGCAAGCUGCAGAUCACCCACGAGAACAUCUACCUCUGGGACAUACACAACCCCCGCGUGAAGCUCGUCUCGUGGCCCCUGUGCUCGCUGCGCCGCUAUGGCCGGGACGCCACUCGCUUCACUUUUGAGGCUGGCCGGAUGUGCGACGCUGGGGAAGGGCUCUACACCUUCCAGACUCAGGAGGGGGAGCAGAUUUACCAGCGGGUCCACAGCGCCACCCUGGCCAUUGCCGAGCAGCACAAGCGGGUCCUGCUAGAAAUGGAGAAGAACGUGAGGCUGCUGAACAAGGGCACGGAACACUACUCCUAUCCCUGCACGCCCACCACCAUGCUGCCCCGCAGUGCCUACUGGCACCACAUCACGGGUUCCCAGAACAUCGCCGACGCCACCAGCUAUGCCGGUGAGUCCCUGCAGGCCCAUAGUCACCUACCACCAGGCUGUGGAGCACAAGGCCUUCUGGGUAAGGGGUCUUUUCACCUGGACCUGAGCCCUGAGCCUGCCUUUGUGUCCACAGGUGAGGGGUAUGGGGCCGCCCAGGCCAGCUCAGAAACGGACCUCCUCAACAGAUUCAUCCUGCUAAAGCCAAAGCCCAGCCAGGGGGACAGCAGCGAAGCCAAGGCUCCGUCCCAGUGACAGCAGGGCUGGCGCGCACCAUGACUGCUGGGGCUGCCAGCCGCGGGGCUGACUGCAGCCUACUCUGGACAGCCUCAAGGGGCUUUGGCCAGGAGCCUGGAGAAAGGGAGCAAGGUGUCCCUUCCUUGCCCCCAAGGGUGAGGCUGGACCAAGGCAACGGGCUGGCCACAGCACCUGAGCAUGUGUGAGGGGCUGGAGCUCCCCUGGGACUAGAUACUGUUAAUGAUUUUAAUAUAUACGGCUUAUGACAUAUUCUAUAUGCGAGUCCCCCUGUCCCUCCCCACCACACACACAUUUUUUAAUCCCGUGACCAGGCCCCAGUCAAGGCUGUUUUGGGUGUGAGGGCUGCCGUUUCCCUGUGCUCCGUGGCGCACCCUCCUGCUGCCAGGACCUGCUUGAGCUGCCAGGGCCGGAGGAAGGAGAUGACAAUCACAACUCUCGGCGGGCGCUCUGACUGCUGUCUUUUCCCGGGCAGCCCAGGGGCUAAGACAGCAGGUGGCUUCUCAGUUCCUCUGGGCCUCGAGGGGCACAGGCAGGGUCCGAACUUACACUGGGCCACUUGGCAGCCUUGCACUUGGAGUCUGAAGCAGUGCUAUCUGGUUGACACCUCAGGUGAAAAUCCGGUUUUAAAAUGUAAUUUCUGCCCAGGCUCCUUCCUGCUUUUAGGCUGAGCAGAUACCCUGGGGGUGGGGUGGGGGUGCUGAUAAGCUCAGCCAGGUGGAGGGUGGCAGGAGGAUGGCCCGUCCCAGUCCCGAGCCCGCCUGCUCCAGGGCCAGGCUGGGGGGAAAGCUGCAGUAGGACUGCUGCGGGGAGCACCCCUGCUACCCCCUCACUGAUGGGGUGUGGGGCAAGGCCCCAAGGGCCUCCUGCCUUGUGUUUGCCACCCUCUGGCCAGCCCAAAGCACGCAGAAACCGAGCCUUCCCGUUUCCUCCUCCCCACAUGGUGCUGAGGCUCCCUGCUGAAUGCAAUUAAAGCAAUCGAUCUCCUAGUGCUGGUACUUACUGACUACCGAGCAGAAGGGCUAUCUUUCUAUUCACAUCAAACCUUUGGGUGCGUGUGUGUUUCUUUUUUUAAUACUUUAGGGUUCUGAUUUGUGGGAACAGACCUUGUUGUAAAUAACCACUAUUCAAGUCCUGACAGGAGGAUGAUA